AUGGCCGAGCUGAGCACAGAGACCCUGCCAUUAGCAUCAUUUGGCUGGGAUGACGAAUAUGAUCUUUACAACGUUGCAUGCCCAGAGAUUGAUGGCCAUGACGUGACCAUCAUGAGCAUCACUCUGAUCAUCAGCCUUUUGGGACUGGUGGGGAACGGGAUCGUCAUCUGGUUCUUGGGCUUCCGCAUGAAGAGGAACCCCUUCACCGUCUACGUCCUCAACCUGGCCGUGGCCGACACUGGCUUCCUCCUCUGCUCGACUGCCUUUCUUGUAGCUUACUGGGUGGGAUAUCCGGUUUGUGGCUUUCUUGAGAUUAUUGACAUGUUAGUUCUGUUUGCAAUGCUGUGUGUGUGGAUGAACAGCACCAGCCUGCACUUCCUGACAGCCAUCAGCACCGAGAGGUGCGUGUCCGUCCUCUACCCCAUCUGGUACCGAUGCCGUCGGCCAAGGCACUUGUCUGCCAUCGUGUCUGCCCUGCUCUGGGCUCUCUCCUGCCUGCUUUGCUGUUCUAUGGUCAUUUUUUGUCCAGUUUUCAUCAGUGAAAGCUGUAAGGCUUCCCUCCUGUACAUCUUUGUUCUGAAUGUCCUGAUAUUCUCCCCUGCCAUGGUUCUAUCCAGUCUGAUCCUCUUCGUCAAGGUGCGACGGUGCUCCCAGCGGCGCCCACCCGGCAAGCUCUAUGCUGUCAUCCUGCUCACCGUCCUCUUCUUCCUCCUCUUCACUCUCCCUUACAGCGUCGAGCUUCUCCUCUCCUACCUGGACAUAUCUGAGCCCACUUGGAUGUUUCAUGCACUGGCCUGUGCAAGCAGCAGCAUCAACCCAUUCAUCUACUUUCUAGUCGGGAGCUACAGGAAGCGGCGAUUCCGUGGCUCUCUCAAACUCGCACUCCAGAGGGUUUUUGAAGAGCAGAGAAAUUCUGGAGAAGACAGAAACGCCCCCAGCAGAGCCCCAAUGGAGACGGCUGUUUAA